AAAAGAUCCAAGGAGAGAGAGAGCGUGAAAAACACUACAAAGCCAGAGGUGUGUACCGCCUGUCAGUCACCAUAAUCAAGCUCCCCAAGUACUGAGCAAAAACACGGAGCCCCAGUUGGUACUUUGCUUCCAAAACCCAAAAUUUACAAAACGCAGCUGCUCUGCAAUUCAAAUCGAAGUCAUGAUUUCCUCGUAAACCUACUUAUACUUGAAAAUUCAAACCAACUUGCUCAUCUCUCUUCCUCAGUGCAAUGAGAAAUUCAAUUUUCUUUCUCACUCUCCUAACACUCACUGUCGCUUACUCCCUCCAAUUCCAAGCUCACGCUGCUCCUGCAGGGCCAUUAAUAAAACACUUGUCUUCUCUUCUCAAGUGGACCAGGGAAAUUUCCUCCAAAACACCGCAAUCAGAUGGGAAUGUUCUUCAAUUUGAGAAUGGGUACUUAGUUGAGACUGUUUUGGAAGGUAACGACAUUGGAGUAAUUCCUUACAAAAUCCGCAUCUCAGAGGAUGGCGAACUCUUUGCCGUGGACUCCGUUAACAGCAACAUUAUGCGGAUUACUCCGCCUUUGUCCCAAUAUAGUAGGGGAAGAUUGGUUGCUGGGUCAUUUCAGGGUUACACAGGACAUGUUGAUGGAAAGCCAAGUGAUGCUCGUUUCAAUCAUCCCAAAGGUGUAACUAUGGAUGAUCAAGGGAAUGUAUAUGUUGCUGAUACCGUGAAUCAUGCCAUAAGAAAGAUUGGAGAUGCUGGUGUGACAACCAUUGCAGGCGGGAAAUCAAAUGUGGCAGGCUACAGGGAUGGGCCCAGUGAAGAUGCGAUGUUCUCAAAUGAUUUUGAUGUGGUAUAUGUUCAAUCUACUUGUUCCUUGCUAGUUGUUGAUAGAGGAAAUGCUGCUCUCCGGCAGAUCUCUCUCAACCAGGAGGAUUGUGAUUAUCAGUACAGUUCAAUUUCUGCCACAGAUGUGCUUAUGGUUGUUGGUGCUGUCUUGGUAGGGUAUGCUACAUGCAUGCUUAAGCAGGGAUACGGACCUUCUUUCUUCUCGAGAACGCCACCUUUAAAGAGUGAAAUUAAAGAGCAUCCAAGCAAUGGGAAAUCUUCUCCAAUGGUGGAGAGCAUGAAAGAGGAACCAGGAUGGCCAUCUUUUGGACAGCUCAUCAUUGAUCUAUCCAAGCUUGGGCUUGAAGCAUUGGCUGGCAUAUUUGUUCACUUCAUCCCCUCCCGUUUUAUGCCUGGUGGCUCCCAGAAAGGCCUCACUCCAUUAAAAGAUGCUCUUAGGAUGCCUGAAGAUGAAGCUGUGACCCCAUUAGUUCAGAGACAAAGUGCUCCUGCUCCUCUAUCUGAGACUCGACAGGCCCAUACUCCCAAUGCAAGUGAGAAAUAUUCAGAAAUGAAGCCACCAAAGAUGAAGUCAGCUAGUUUUAAAGAUCCCUCUUUGUCAAGCAAGCACCGGUCUUCAAAGCGACAGGAUUCUGCAGAAUUCUAUGGAUCUGGUGAGGUUUCUUCUUAUAGCAGGUCUAAGAGUCAGAAAGAAAGACCAAGGCACCGCCAACGAGAUAAGAGUGGCGAGAUGGUUUUUGGAGCUGGGACAGAACCAAAACCCAUGGAUAUGAAGGCUGCUGGUUAUGACAACCCAAGGCACCGCCAACGAGAUCAGAGUGGCGAGGUAGUUUUUGGAGCUGGGACAGAACCAAAACCCAUGGAUAUGAAGGCUGCAGGUUAUGACAAUCCGAAGUUUGAAAAUUACAAUAUCAGGAGCAGGUAUGGACCUGAUAGCUCGUACCGCUUUUGAUCAAACUGUGACCUAGUGAUUGCUGCCUUCAAAUUUCAGCUAGUUUUUGCCUAUCUUGAAUGUGCAUCCUGUAUUUCAUUUUGAACUAGUCUGUAACCGAAGAUGUGUUUUAAAGAGAAAAAUACAGAUGGCUUAGCUGAGACUCAA